AUGCGACUUCUUGACGCUGAUGCUCUACUCUGCAUUGAGACAAGUAUCGACAAAGGGGAGAGGGUUGACCCUACAACUAAAAUCCUCGCUGAGCUCCAUGGCAAUGCCUUCAUAGAAAAGGGAUAUGCCAUACUGUCGCAUUGCUGGGGCGAGGUAGACCAAGAAGUGUCUUUCAAGGAGGUGAAGAAGUUCUUGAGUAUGACCCAGGAGAAGAGGAAUGAGAUCAGGGAGCGCCCUGGAUACCAGAAAAUCAUCCUUACCUGCAGGCAAGCACAAGAGGACGGCUUGAAAUGGGUGUGGGUCGACACAUGCUGCAUCAAUAAAGACAGUAGCGCUGAACUGUCAGAAGCAAUCAACUCGAUGUACCAGUGGUAUGAAAGUGCAGAAGUGUGUUAUGCCUACCUCCACGACACUGUUGGGGACUGGACGAACCAAGGAGAAUCGAUGCUCAUUCCAAGGUGGUUCUCGCGAGGCUGGACACUGCAAGAACUUAUCGCACCCAAGGUUGUCUACUUCUUCGAUCGGAGGACCGAUCUGCACAUGCCGAUGUUGUAUGGAGAAGGGAAGAAUGCGUUUCGUCGUUUGCAGCUCGAAAUCACUCGCACAUCUAACGAUCAGAGCAUCUUUGCUUGGGGCCACUCGAGGGAAUUUGGAUGGUCCAAUAACUUCUUGGCGGAUGAUCCAAGCUACUUCAGUGAUUGCGGUGAUGUCGAGUUGUUGUCACCCGACGAGAUCAUCAAGGACCUCGAGGAAGACAUCCCUAAAGAAGAACUCAGCAAAACUCCCGCAGAACGAUUUCGCACGUUUACUGUGACUAAUGACGGCAUACAAAUGUGGCUACCCACCACAUCCUUCGGGCCACUUUCCGAGGUCAAGUUGGCAUGCCGCACCAAAUACGGCGGGGAGAUAACCAUACGCCUGGCGCUUUUCGGAUCCACCUCUCUCAGAAUUUUUGCCAUUCCAUACAUCCGUAGAUCUGGGAAGCUAGAACUCAAGCAGCACUUCCUUCCAUAUAAAGCAGCCAAGUACCCGACUACAUACACUUUCGAAUUGCGUGAAGAGGCACUUUUCCAUUGUGGCUUCGUCCGGGACCGUGUCCUGCCUGAUGGCAUAGAAGUAAGAGGAAAUCAAGUUGCCCUCUCGAAAGACAAGGAUCUUGCUGCCAUUGCUUACAUCCGCAGGAAAGACAAAACUCGCUUUUUAGUCCUUCUCAGAUAUUGUGCCGGGCGCCACUCUGCAUUUGCCACCUUGUGUCCAGAGAAUUUGGAAUGCAAGAUGGCAUUCUUGCGGUUUCAAGCCUUGGAGAUACUGUUCAACAGUCAGCUGAAGAACCCCAGAAAAUUUACCCGGCAUAUCCACCUUCGUCGAUCUAUUGAAGAUGUCUCUGUUAUGGUUAAUAAUGAUUGGAGGGUGGAGGCUUGUAUCGUUGCGAUCAAUAUAACCAAUUGUCCUGGCAUGCUUGGGUCCCAAGUACAUCAUCCCAAUAAACUGACUGAUCAACAAUGUCUAGAACAUGGCGAAGUCAUGGAGAUGCUCCAGGCGAUAAUACAUAACUUCUCAGUUUUAGUUGGAUGGACAGAGUUGUAUAAGCCAGGGCAUUCAAGUGGGGUAGUGACCUGUGGGGCUGCCAUUAAAUUCUUUUUGGGCAUAUUUGGUGGCAGUGACUUCAAUGAUUUUAUUGGGGAGAUAGCUUUCUUUAAUGAAAUACCCUUCACAAUGGGGGCAGGAAUCUAUGGUGAGCCCUGCACAGAAGCAAAUGCCAUGUGCUCAUUUGCAAUGAACCCAGAGCCUUUGGGUAGCACCUCUACUGUGGUGCCAUGGAAGCUACACAUUCAAGCACUGGUCAAUUUCUUGAUGCAGUUUGAUGAUCGGAGGGUUAGAUUCAACCUAGGAACAGACUCUGACUCAAAGUUCAGCAACCAUCCAUCCCUUUGCCAUAUGAAAUUGUGGGAGAAGGCAACAGAGUUGAGGUUGGCACCCUUUUCUGCAGAGGCAAGUGCGAAGAUUCUUCAGGUCAUUGCUACCACCUACAGUGACUGGAAACCUGGGCAGAAAUUUCUCUCUGGGGUAGAACAAGUCUGGACACUCCGAAAGACACUUGAUAGAACAAUAAAUGACUUUGAAAGGCAGGCACUGGUGGAAGAUAUUGCUGGAAAGGUGGCAUUUCAGCAACUGUUGUUGUUGGCUGGCUGGCUGAAGGCAUGUGCACAUCAGAUCUUACUAAUAUGCUGGUGUGGAGUCACUUCUGAAAUUGUGCAAGUGUUGAGAGAAGCAUGUCAAUUCUCUUGUCCCCUGAUGCUGGCUGACAUUGGUUGGAAGGUUGCUGAUCAAUCAUGGUCCAGUGAGCCCACUCCAGCAAAUGAUGAAUGA